GACGCCAUUUUGGUGGAAAGUUUGGAAUUUCGGGCACACAGGAGGGGAAAAAAAGAGGAGGGGGAAGAAGUUUAGCUGCAAGGGGUCACGAGAAGCUGAAGAGGGAAGAGAAAGGGGAGGAGGAGGAGAACAUCCCCACGCAGGCCGAGGGCACUGCAGCCUGAUCAGUGCGUGCAAAGGUUCAACUUUGCAUGAACAGAGCGCGACGCGCGAUUUUGUUAUUUUUCUCUGUGAGUUUCAGUUCUGUAGCUGCCGCUGAAAGAAGAGAAGGGGAGGGGGAAAGGCGGAGCGGGAGGAACUCGCCACUAUCAGAAUUCUGUACCGCCUGGCAGCAGUGCCUGAGAUUGCCGGGCUGUUUCUAUUUUUUUUUCUUUCUUUCUUUCCCUGUAAAAGUUUCUUCAAGUCCGGACCCGCGUUGUCUUCUGCGAGGCUCGAAUGCCUCGCUUCUCUCUCGAGAUCGCUUCACUGUGGCUUAUAUAUGGUUUUACAGCGAGCGACGGGUUUCUACAGCUGGGUUCCAGGCACCGUGACAUACAAGUGCUCCACUUUCCAUUUAAUAACCAAGUCGCCUGUGGAUCACUGAGAGGAAGACAGCAGCGCUAAGUGCAGGAGCAUUGAACAUUCUUCAACCCCCACUAUAACGACUGACGGCAAACAUUUGGAUUUUAAAGCUUACUGCCCCACUUUUUUGAUCACCCAACUUUUAGCAUCUGGAAGCCUCAACAUGCCUGUUCGAAAGAAAGAUGCACAACGAGCACUGGUUCUCCUGGAGGAUUAUCAAUCCAGACUGAGUCAAACGGAGGACAGACAACUUCGAAACUCCAUAGAGCGAGUUAUUAACAUCUUUCAGAGUAACCUUUUCCAGGCUCUGAUAGAUAUCCAGGAAUUUUACGAAGUGACCUUACAGGACAGUCAAAAAUGUGUGGAAUCAUUGAAGCCAGUAGAACCAAAUCCUCCAAUGAACACAUGGGACUUCUCCAGCCUUCCAAGCACAACAGUGACUUCAGAAACAUUACCCAGCAGCCUUAGUCCAAGUAUAGAGGAGAGUUCUCUUCUAAAUGAAAUACUUCAUGUUCUAGAAAAAUCUUUCUCUUCUCAGACAUGCCAAAAAUACCGCUACCAAGAUGAAGACACGUCACCAAAGGAACACAACUCCCCACAGCUCACCCAUGAAGUGAAGGGGCCAGAGCUGGUCCAUGUCUCUGAAAAGAACCUUUCACAGAUAGAGAAUGUGCAUGGUUUGGUUUCACAUUCACACAUCUCCCCAAUGAAGCAGACAGAUGCACCUCCUCCCUCCGCUCCUAUAAUCCCUGCUGUCCCAAUCCUGCCCAUCCCUGCUGAGACUACUGUCAUCUCAUCACCUACGCCACAGGCAAAUCCUCCGCCUGUUGUGGUCAACACAGAAAGCUUGGAUAGCCCUGUUUAUGUAAAUGGUACAGAAGCAGAAUAUGAAUAUGAAGAAAUCACUCUUGAAAGGGGAAACUCGGGACUUGGUUUUAGUAUCGCAGGUGGCACAGAUAAUCCCCACAUUGGAGAUGACCCAAGUAUCUUCAUUACUAAAAUUAUUUCAGGGGGUGCAGCUGCACAGGAUGGGAGACUGCGGGUGAACGAUUGCAUAUUAAGAGUAAAUGAUGUUGAUGUCCGGGACGUAACACACAGCAAAGCAGUUGAAGCACUUAAAGAGGCAGGCUCAAUAGUAAGAUUGUACGUCAGGAGAAGAAAACCUAUAACGGAAAAAAUCAUGGACAUAAAACUUGUCAAAGGACCAAAGGGUCUUGGUUUCAGUAUAGCAGGAGGGGUUGGAAAUCAACAUAUACCUGGAGACAACAGCAUUUAUGUUACCAAAAUAAUUGAAGGAGGAGCUGCACAUAAAGAUGGCAAACUGCAAAUAGGAGACAAGUUGCUUGCGGUAAACAAUGUUAGCCUUGAAGAGGUGAGCCACGAAGAAGCUGUAGCUGCUUUGAAAAAUACCCCUGAUGUUGUUUACUUGAAAGUGGCAAAACCCACCAGUGUGUACAUGAGUGACAGCUAUACCCCUCCUGACAUCAAUAACUCAUAUUCACAACAAAUGGAAAACCAUAUCAAUUCUUCCAGUUUUUUGCCACAUCCAGUCACACAAGCAACCUCUGGCAGAUAUUCUCCUGUUUCUAAAGCAGUGGUAGGAGAUGAGGAAAUUACACGGGAACCACGUAAGGUGGUGCUACAUAGGGGCACAACGGGCUUGGGUUUCAACAUCGUUGGUGGGGAAGAUGGAGAAGGCAUUUUCAUUUCAUUUAUCUUGGCUGGGGGACCAGCGGAUUUGUGUGGAGAGCUAAGGAAAGGAGACCGAAUUAUUUCUGUGAAUGGUGUAGACCUCCGGAAUGCCACACAUGAGCAGGCUGCAGCUGCAUUAAAGAAUGCUGGUCAGACGGUGACCAUUAUUGCUCAAUACAGGCCAGAGGAAUAUAGUCGAUUUGAAGCCAAAAUUCACGAUCUUCGAGAGCAGAUGAUGAAUAGCAGUCUAAACUCUGGUUCUGGAUCAUUACGCACAAGCCAGAAAAGAUCAAUUUAUGUCAGAGCACUUUUUGACUAUGACAAAACUAAAGACAGUGGACUGCCUAGUCAAGGGUUGAAUUUUAGAUUUGGAGACAUCCUGCAUGUCAUCAAUGCGUCUGAUGAUGAGUGGUGGCAAGCACGGCAGGUGACGCCAGAUGGAGAAAGUGAAGAGAUUGGAGUAAUUCCAAGUAAACGAAGGGUAGAAAAAAAGGAGAGAGCCAGAUUAAAGACUGUCAAAUUCAACUCCAAAUCAAAAGACAGGGGGCAGUCAUUCAAUGACAAGCGUAAAAAGAACCUCUUUUCCCGAAAAUUCCCUUUCUACAAGAACAAGGAGCAGAGUGAGAUGGAAACCAGUGAUCUUGACCAGCAUGUAACCUCUAAUGCCAGCGAUAGUGAAAGUAGUUACCGUGGCCAAGAAGAAUAUGUCUUAUCUUAUGAACCUGUAAGCCAGCAAGAAGUUAAUUACACUCGCCCAGUGAUAGUGUUGGGACCUAUGAAAGAUCGCAUUAAUGAUGACCUUAUCUCAGAAUUUCCUGACAAGUUUGGUUCCUGUGUUCCCCAUACAACUAGGCCAAAGCGUGAUUAUGAGGUGGAUGGCAGAGACUACCACUUUGUUACAUCACGAGAGCAAAUGGAAAAAGAUAUACAGGAUCAUAAAUUCAUUGAAGCUGGCCAGUACAAUAAUCACUUGUAUGGUACCAGUGUGCAGUCUGUCCGAGAAGUAGCAGAAAAGGGCAAGCACUGCAUUUUAGAUGUGUCUGGGAAUGCUAUCAAGAGACUCCAGAUUGCACAAUUAUAUCCUAUUGCAAUUUUUAUUAAACCAAAAUCCGUGGAAAAUAUAAUGGAGAUGAACAAAAGAUUAACAGAAGAACAAGGCAGAAAAACCUUUGAGAGAGCCAUGAAACUAGAACAGGAGUUCACAGAGCAUUUCACAGCUAUUGUCCAAGGGGAGAGCCUUGAAGAAAUUUACAAUCAGGUUAAACAAAUUAUUGAAGAACAGUCUGGUCCAUAUAUCUGGAUUCCUGCAAAGGAGAAAUUAUGAGGAGACCAGUGUGUGUGUGUGUGUGCGCGCGUGUGUGUGUUUUUGUUUUUUAACCUUUUAAACCAACCUUACCCAUUGAAGUGGAUGGGCAUCUGCUCUUCAGAAUUCUACAACAACUUGGUCUCUAAAGUAUCAGGUUCAAAGCGCUCUCUCUUUUUUCUUUUCCUGAUGCUAGCAUCUUAUACAUCUUAAACCAGUGACUGCUGAUCAGAUCAGCGCCAUUUUUGCAGUGAAAAGGGUCAUGUCCUGAUCAGCUAUGAAAUGAGACUCUGUGUUACAGUUCCUUAAUGUUUAAGGGAGGUGACUUGCUUCAAAUUAUUAGAAUUUUCUUAAGAUUUUUUUUUUCUUUUAGCAUUUUUCAUAACAAAGAAAUGAGGAACAAACUUGUUUAUGGGAGGGACAUUUUUUUUAAAAGAAGAUAAACUUUGCACGUUCUAGCUUUAAUUAACAGCAUGAUUUGGACAAUACCAUUUUAAUUUGGUUCCCCAUUUGUUCAUACAGUUUAUGUAGCUCUGUUUCAUUUAAUCUUGAUUUUUCAAUACACUUUAACCUUAGCCUCAUUCUUUAAACAUAUUCUAUGCAUUUCGCCGUAGUAUUGUUGUGUUGAUACCACUUCCUGUUUUAAUCAUGAACAGAAUUAUGGUUGUUAUUGGUAUACUAAAUUGUUCCUGAGCGGGUUCUUUAUACACUGAUGAGUGUCUUAUCAUUUAAAAGAAGGCUUUUUGUCACUGUGAUUAUCAUUCUUAGAUUUUAUUCUGUUGUAAGUGCUCGGGAGAGUUGACUUUUAAAAUAAGAAAUGGCUGAUUGUGUUGAUGCAAAAUAUAGGUACAUGGAAUAAGCGACAGAGGCUGAAGGCCAUAGCAAAAAACCUUAGGAACAGAAUUCUGUUGUACACAGUUUUAGAUUUUAACCCUAAUUAAACUGCGUAUUUUGUUAUAAUUAAAAGACUAUACUGUACUGAACUUAAACACUAAGGGAAUUAUUUUCUUUUUAUAGGAACACAUAUGCAUAUAUAUAUAAUAUAUAAAUAUAUAAAUUAAAAAGUAUAUUUUUUUCUUCUGCAACCUCUUUCUUCAGCAUUUUGUUUAUUUUUUUAUGCAUUUUUGUCUUGUAUUUUGCACCCAUACUAAUCUAAAAAAUACAGGAGCUGUUUUUUGAGUAAACAGUAUUUGGUGUAUGAACAAAUUAAGCAAAAUGGCAGCUGAAUCUCCUCCUUACAUCAUUUUUUUCCCCCUCAUGUGACGUGCAUGGUUUUUAAUUAAGCAAUAGACAAUAAAAGAUUGGGUGAAUGACCAGUCAAAUGACUGAUACUGUUGUUAUUGGCUUGAGCUAGAAUGAGUCAAAUAUCUGGACUGUUCUAGUUAUUGUUUGCAAAGCAGAGGUGAUUUGUAAUAAAUGUGAAAGAUUUUAAGAGACAUUUUUCAUUUAAAAUAUUUUUCUGCAGUAGAUUGCCUGUAUACCUUACCUUAUUUUGAAGUUUUGCUUUUUAACUUCAUGACAGUUUCACAGUUCAUUUUCAGACUGGACUUUGUAAAUAAUACCAACUUUAUUCUUUCCAUCUGUCAGAGAAAGGAGAACAGCUAAUAAACUUGCUCAUACUACUCA